AUGUUUAUCUUAAUCUUCAGCAUUUGGCUUAAUAUUUGCAACGUGAUGAUUUGUAAAUUUUUAACAUCCACCAUUGAAGUUCGAACAAAUCCCAAAAAAGCAACGAAGGAAAAGAGUUUCGUUUCCCUUGUUUAUUCAAUCACCCAAAAACGAGCUCGACAAAUCUCGCUGCUUCAUCAUGCACUUACCUUAAUUCUACUUGAGAAACAUACAUUUCCUCGAGCUUCGGCCUUUUGCUGUUUAUUAAUUGUUGUUUGCUUAAGACUUUAUAAAUUAAAAAAUAUAUUAAAACUUUUAGGUUUUAUUCAUAGAAAUCUCUACUAA